AUCAUCAAAAUUGAUGAGAUUACAAAUGAUGUUCUCUAUUUUCAAGUACCUUUUGUGGAGAAUUCGCAAAGUUACUCUACUCCAGAUCUCCCUGUCCACAAGUGGUUUAAUCUGCACAAAAUGGCGGAAUAAAUUUUGACUUACAGGAUUCUCCGUGUUUUGUUGGAAAUUUAAAUCUAAAACGAUGCAAAACAUGAACGAUUCCCACGCUCCGCCACCGUCCCAACAGUCGGCAGACGCCACUUCAGCAGCAGGAACCUCUGCAGCGGCUUCAGGGGAAAGGAAAUUCGCCCAGAUCCCGAAAGAGUCGGUGAGGGCCCAUGCGGAAUCCAUCGGCAUAUCAGAAGUGCCGGACGAUGUUGCCGCGAUGGUGGCCGAAGACGCCUGCUACAGGCUACGUGAAGUCAUGCAGGCAAGCUGCCAGUUUAUGAGACAUGCGAAGAGAAAGCGUCUGACAGCUGAGGACUUCAACAGGGCUCUGCGGUGGAGCAACGUGGAGCCAAUGUAUGGUCACAACUCUCCCGACCCCAUGGUGUUCCGACCGACCAAAGACGCAGAGCUGUACUUUUACGAGGACAGGGAGAUCAACCUUACCGAGUUCGCCAUGGAAACCAUCCUGCCCAGAAAUCCUGGGGAAACAACUGUCAAAGCUCAGUGGUUGGUGGUUGAAGGCCGGGACAAAGGAGCAGGAAGCUCCCCAGCCCUGUCAGAAGAACUGGUGCAGUACUAUGACCAGGUCACACGAGCCAUUCUGGGGGGAAACGAACAGCUCAUCAAGACGGCUCUUGCUGACUUAAGGACCAACUCCCGCAUCUCAGCCCUGCUGCCAUACUUUGUCUACUUGGUGGGAGAAGUGAAGUCCAUCAGCCAUGACCUGGAGGCACUGACUCGUCUGCUGCAGACUGCCCAGGCCCUCAUCCAGAACCCACACCUGUACCUGGGACCUUAUUUGAAACAGCUGGUGGCCAGUGUGAUGUACUGUAUCCUGGAGCCGCUGGCUGCCUCCAUCAACCCUCUCAACGACCACUGGGCACUGCGGGACUACGCUGCUAGGCUGCUGGCUCAGAUAUGCAGGUCCGGCUGCAUGAGUGUGGAGGGUCUACAGAAGCAGCUGCUGCUGGCCCUACAGAAGGUGUUGGUGGACCCAGCCAGGCCUCUGUGCUCUCACUAUGGAGCUGUGGUGGGACUAACAGCACUGGGGAGCAAGGCCGUAGAGGAUGUGCUGUACCCCCAGCUGGGUACCUACUGGCCGUUCCUACAGAGCUGGAUGGAGGACAGGACCAUCUCUAAUGCACAGGCCAAGGCUGAUGCACACAGAGUGCAGGGGGCCCUUCUGUCUGCAGCAGAAUUGUUGUUGAAGACGUACCAGCAGAACGGGUCCGAACCCCACGCUGAGUCCAGCCACGAGAGCUCCCCCAACCAGAGCCCCCAGCAACCCGAAGCCAGCGAAUUCACCAUCGGGACUUUUGGCCAACUGCUGGAGUCCGGCGGUACUGCACGGAUUUGCCCCCGAUGCUGUCGUUUGCAGGGAACGGACAGCCCAUGGACCUAUCGAGCGUGCCCUCCACUAGUGACACUACCCACACCACGGGCAGGCGCACCUCCAAACGGCGGCAGAGCUCGAAGGAGUCGCCCAAAUCCAAGCGAGCACGGCGGGCUCCCUCCAUGUCGGACAUAUUCAGCCUCUCCAGGGCCUCUCAAAGGAGGAGAGACAUUGUGGUGAACAUUCGGGGAGGGAGGCAGGUCGGGAAGAAGAAGACCAAGCCCGGUGCGCUCCUCGGAGCCGAGCUGAGUAGACUCUGCCGGAGAGUUCCCUUCAUGGGGAAGAGGAAGAAAGUCAAGACUCUACCUGGGAAAGUUCUGCAGCCCAGUAUGGGUAUGCUGAUAUGAUGUGUAUGUGAAUUUGAGGGAGAAACUCGUUGAACAUGUUGCACUAUCAACUGAGUGAUAAAUAUAGCCUGUAACCUUAUUUUAUACAUAGAGAUAGCUUAGAUUCAAACAAUAUCCUCUUGUGAAUUUCAUGUUUUUGAGGGAAAUUAUUUAGUCCUGUUCAUGAUAAAGCAUUAGGUUAUUUACCAAGUAGCCUUGCAGUUCAAUAAUAUAAGUGACAAUUUAUUGUGACUGAAAUAACAAUAAACAUACCAAUUGUGAA